AUUCCAGUUCAAAAUCCCAUGUUAAAAGUGAACUAUUUCUAUACAAAAAUUUGCUAUUUACAGCUAAUUUAAAUAUAUAGCUAAAAACAGCUAUUUUUGUGACCUAUACAAAAAUAGCUGUAAAUUAGUGCUGGAAACUAGUACAUGUGUGGCGCAUUUGAUUCGAAAUGUGAAACUGGCGGCUGGCGAUUUAUUUUGCUAGUGUUGAAGCGGGAUACGUUUUGUUUUGGGGACCGGGACAUUCUUUUUUUGCAGCUCAGUUCAAGUUCAAGUUGAAGUGUUGGAGUUCUUUUAAGCAUCUUGCUGAAAACAUUGAGAAAGAAGCUCUUACCAGUUCGAGUUCAGCAUAUCUCAUUAUCCAGAGCACCAGAGCUCUGAAAGCAUUUCCGCCAAAGAAAGCCAAAGCUUUUGAAUAGACAACAUGGCAACCACGACCGGAGGCAGCGGCGACCAGAAAGAGAGAAAGAAGAAGGAAUCGAUUCUUGAUCUGUCCAAAUACCUGGACAAGCCAAUUCGAGUGAAGUUUUCCGGCGGCCGGGAGUCGUCGGGUAUCCUGAAGGGUUUUGACCAGCUGCUCAACCUGGUGCUGGAUAAUACCACAGAGCACCUGAGAGACCCGGACGACCCGUACCGUCUGACGGACGACACCCGCCAGCUGGGACUGGUGGUGUGUCGAGGUACUGCCGUGGUACUGAUCUGUCCGGCGGACGGUAUGGAGGCCAUACCCAACCCGUUCGUACAACAAGAGGGCUAGCGACCGGCUAGCGAGCCGGUAUCGGUGGGCUAGCCAGGCGAUGGCGGUGGGCUAGCAGGCUGAUGGUGGCUAGGUAGCUGAUAUCGUCGGCAGGCUAGCAGGCUGCUGGCGACUGGCUAGCGAGAUACUACCGACGGCUUAGUAAGCCAAUGGUGGCUAGCUGGCAAGCCGAUGGCUGCUGGCUGGCGAGUCGAUAUCGGUGGGAUUGCGAGCUGACAGCGGUUGGCUAGCAAGCUGAUGGCGACCGGCCAGCAAGCCAAUAUCGGUGACCGGGGAAAGGGAGGCGGAGUUAAACUUCGCUAAGAAAGAAGUGACAAAUGCCUGGAGGAGGAAGUGUUUGCCAAACAUCGUGCGUAAGACGCCAGCGCCUAUUCCGAUUGGUGUGGAUCGAGCGAACGCCAGAAGUAAUGGGCGCUUGAGUCUAGGUGACUAUCGUAUGCGAGGCGUUCCCUGGUAUAUUUCUCUGCUCAGUGUUUCGAAUUGUUUUUCUUUUGUAUGUUGGGUCAAUAUACGAUGAUGGUUUUUGUUA